ACCACCCUCUAUGCCUGUCAUUCAGUAUCCCUUCCUUACCUCCAGCAGCAUCUGUUCUUCUCAGCUCUGCUGCUUUCUCAGGACUCACCUGUUAUUAUUCUCUGUUGGCGUUCUCAUGAAUCAAGGAUGGAAGAGCUAAGUCACCCGUUUUUCUGGCAGUUAGAUGCAAACUAAUCACUUGCCUUGUGGAUCUUAUGAGAAUGUAACUGCUGAACCCAGGGCCUGCCACAAGCAACAAUGGGAGCCAAUAACUCAUCCAAAACCCCUGUGUGUGAUGGCAAUGAGGAAGUGACUUUUUAUAACUUUGAAAUUCUUCGUGCCAUCGGGAAAGGAAGCUUUGGAAAGGUAUGCAUUGUUCAGAAAAAUGAUACCAAGAAAAUGUAUGCAAUGAAAUACAUGAACAAACAGAAAUGUGUGGAGCGCAAUGAAGUGAGAAAUGUGUUUAAAGAACUGCAGAUCAUGCAAGGCUUGGAACAUCCGUUCCUGGUCAAUCUCUGGUAUUCCUUUCAAGAUGAGGAGGACAUGUUUAUGGUUGUAGAUCUUCUCCUUGGUGGUGACCUUAGAUACCAUCUGCAGCAAAAUAUACGUUUCUCUGAGGCAUCUGUAAAGCUCUUCAUCUGUGAACUGGCCUUGGCACUUGACUAUUUGCAGAGCAAGAAUAUCAUUCACCGAGAUAUCAAACCGGAUAACAUUCUACUAGAUGAACAAGGGCAUGCACAUAUCACCGACUUCAAUAUUGCUUCUCUGGUCAAUCAAGGUACUAAGAUCACAACAGUUGCUGGGACAAAGCCUUAUAUGGCUCCAGAAAUGUUUUACCCAAGAGAACAAAUUUGUUAUAAUUUUGGUGUUGACUGGUGGUCUUUAGGAGUUACCGCAUAUGAGCUUCUAAGAGGCAGGAGACCUUUUCACAUACAUUCAAGCACUGCAGCGACAGACAUUGUCCACGUGUUUCAUACAGCAACUGUUACCUACCCACCUGCCUGGUCUCAGGAAAUGGUUUCAAUACUGCACAAGCUUUUAGAUAGAAAUCCAGAAGAGCGUUUUUCAUGCCUUGAAGAUAUUCAGCAGUUUCCUUGCUUGUCGGAUGUUAACUGGGAUGCAGUUCUAGAGAAAAAAGUUGUACCAGCGUUUACACCAACGAAGGGGCGUCUUAAUUGUGACCCAACUUUUGAACUUGAAGAAAUGAUUCUAGAAUCCAAACCUUUACACAAAAAGAAGAAGAGACUAGCCAAGAAAGUGAAAGAUAAUGCGAAAAAUCCUUUUGCGCUGAAUGGUAACUUGCAGAAGCAUCUGGAAAAUGUGGAGAGAGACUUUAUUGUGUUCAACAGAGAAAAAAGCCAAAAAGACCUCCAGGUAAACCAAGAGAACAUAACUAUGGUUCAAGCCAAAGAAGAUGAGGAUGGACAAAAUAAUAACCUACAAACCAAAAUGUGAUGUCCACAUGUACUCUUCCUGCAUUAUGUAGCACUUGAUAUGCUGGACUUUAUGGAGCAAAGGUUAUAAGUGACAUGUCUUUGAUAUCUAGGAAUCCUUGCAAACUUUGCAUUUAUUUUUGACUGUGAGGCCUGUGGAGGCUGUAAGAGACAAUCUUCUUCAUGAAUCGUUAAAGCAUUCAUGUAUAAUAAGAUGACUCUUCCUUUUGAUUCAUUCAAUUUCAAGCUUAUUUUUUUGUAGGGCUGAGCGAUAAUGCAUUUUGCACUAACUUAAAAAAAAUAUAUAUAUAUAUAUUUUAGAGUAUAUUUUUUAGAGCAUUAGGACUUUUUUCUAGGCUGUUUUUGUUUUCCUUUUUGUAUAUAAUUUAUUACAUACCUGUAGCAUACAGCAAGGAACAUGUAAUGGAAGUACCACAGACUAGUAGUUAAAAGAUUGGUAUAAAUGUAUUUUGUUCAAGGCUGAUGAUGAGUUAGUCUUUUCAUUGAUAUUUAGAUAACUAUGCUGUUAGAAUUAAGUAUCUGUACAUUGUGUUUUUGUGUAGUCUGUUAUCCAUAGUCACCUUAUAAAGGAAAAGACGAGGUCUGCAAAACAAUGUGACUGAAUGUGGGUGGGUCCAAAGCUCUGAGCCAUUUCAUGAAAACAGGGUUAGAAUAUAGUUUGAAUACCCAACAUGGGUAUUACAAAAAAUAUAAAUAAUAAAGCUAAGAAAAAGGGGUGAUUGUUAGAAUGAGCUUAGUUAAUUGAAGAAACAGGGAUAAAGACUUUUAAAGAUGUUGGUGUAUGCUUGUUAGGGCCAAGAUAAUGGGUACAUCUUAACUACAGCUGCCCAAGAAAUGGGUCACAUCUUAUUUGGUGCAUGGCAUUGUCCUAAAUUAGCUUAUUUACUGUCGAAACUUGACUUUGGCAGCAUUUGGACAACUCAAGAUAGGGUCUGAACAGACUAUUCUAUGCAGACCUCAGUUUUUUGAGAGUUCAUAUAAAGACCAAAAAUAAGUGUGAGGCAUGAAGAAAACGUACUUAAAAAAAAAAGAAUUGUUGCCUUUUAUGUACAUUGUUUUUUUCUUUCUCCACUGUUCCUUACAUAUAAUUUGUUUGCAUUCUUUGUUAAAUUGUAUAGAUAAAAUGGAAGGGCAUUGCAGCUAAUGUAGUAUUGAAAACAGGAAUUUUAAUAAAGCAACCAAAGUGCACUAACAAA